AUGACUUGUGAACCCCGCAGAGACACCACGGAGCAGGAGCAGGCCGAAAACACGGAGGACAGAGUUGUGAGGAGAGACGGUGUGCUUCGCUCCAUGCUGCGCGGCCUCUUCUGGCCAUUUGGCAUCGUGGUACGUGCAUACCACGGGGUUUGGUGGGUCAUGGGCUUCCGGCAGCCAAGGGAGAUAGCCAUCGUUAGCCCCGCGGUUCCCAGUCCUGCACGCCAGAACCUCGCAGGCCGCAAGCGCCUGCACCGGGUCACCCGCCUGCUUCUGUCCAUCCUGCCCCGCUGGGUGCAGGGCGCCCUGGGCUACCCCGUGUCAAGCAGCAUUGGGCGCUCCCUCUCCCCAGAAAUCAGAGUCUCUCCCACUAAACCUUGCGGAAAGGGCAGCAAGAGAAAACAGGAUGAGUUGGAGGAUGAGGAGGAAGAAGAGGACCAUCAGACCUGGGUGGAGGCACUCACUCAGGAGCUCGCUGACGAAGGCCCAGAGGAGGAUCCUGACUACGAGCCCAGUUCUGUCGAGACGGAGAGUGAAGAGUACUGCUCACAAAAUAAUACGGAAAGUGACAUUGAGGUCCAGGGGAAAGGCGUGGUUGUUAUUGAAGACGUAAAAACGAUGUUUUUCACCUCCUGA